AUGGAGAAACAAUCUGAAGAAUUGAGGGGCAUAUCAGGUAGAUAUGAACAUGACAAGAAAGUUUGGGUGGCUGCGGUCAAGGAAGUAGUUGCACAGUGUGAGCAUCUUAAAGUCAAAUACAACAAAGAACAAAUCAAGGGAAGAAAGCUUCAUAAUCAAUUCGAGGAUAUAAAAGACAAUGCUUCACCAUUGGUGGCUUUACUUUUCGAUGGAUACUAUGGUGAAACAGAGACAGGAAAGACAUUUACCAUGGAGGUCGAACCUACAAAUGAUUAUGCACAAGAUUCACCAUCAAAGUUGUCUUCUCCUGGGUUAACUACAUGGGCCAAAACUCUGAAACUUCCACAACCUUUAGGAGGCACACAAGAUGAAUCUUCUUCAUCUGAAAACACUCCAACAAUGAUAAUGCGCAUGGACGUUUCAUCUUCAGGAAAGUUGCCAAGUCUCGGGUGGUAUAUUGAUAAAGAUUUAAGUGGUGUUUAUUUGGCAAAAUAG